CUGGUACCAUUGGAGAUGCCCUGCUCCUCCAUUCAGGCUCCAUCCUGAGCUAGGAGAAGCCCCCAGAAUUCUGGCGACCUAUAGAAGAGAAUUGAGUCAGAUCGCAGCGUAUCCGGCGCACCACGAAAGAGCCGAAUCAGAGGGCCCCUGGAAACCCGCCCCCAGGAGGGGUCGGGAAGUCUCUCCAAGGUGGUAGAAGCCUGAAGGAACAGCCCUGGGGCGGAGACGGGGCCAUGGCCACGCCUCCGGGGGCCGGCCCCGCUACUUUGCGCUUCGCAGCGGCAGCCAGCUGGCAAGUAGUGCGCCAACGCAGCGUGGAGCACUUUCCGAGAGUACUAGAAUUUUUGGGAUCCCUGCGCGCUGCUGCUCCAGGCUUGGUUCGCUACCGGCACCAUGAACGCCUUUGUAUGGGCCUAAAGGCCAAGGUGGUGGUGGAGCUGAUCCUUCAGGGCCGGCCUUGGCCCCAGGUCCUGAAUGCCCUGAAUCAUCACUUCCCAGAAUCUGGACUUGUAGUACGGGACCCUAAAGCUACAAAGCAGGAUCUGAGGAAGAUUUUGGAGGCACAGGAGACUUUUUGCCAGCAGGUGAAGCAGCUGUCAGAGGUCCCUGUAGAUUUGGCUUCAAAGCUGCAGGAACUUAAACAAGAGUAUGGGGAACCCUUUCUGGAUGCCAUGGAAAAGCUGUUUUUUGAAUACAUGUGUCAGCUGGAAAAAGCACUGCCUUCAGUGCAGACACAGCAGCUUCAGGAUGUGCUGAGUUGGAUGCAGCCUGGAGUUUCUAUCACCUCUUCUGUUGCCUUGAGCCAAUAUGGUGUGGACAUGGGGUGGCCACUUCCAGAGUGCUCUGUUUCUGAUUCAGUGAACCUGACAGAGAUGGAACAAAAUCCUCCUCUGCAACAGGCACUAGCACCCCAUAGUCCUCUGCCAAAAGCCAAGCCUGGCCCUCAGGGACCAGCUUCAAGGAAGCACCCAGAACGUUUGGCAGGCCACCACUUCAAUUUGGCUCCUCUGGGCCAGCGAAGAACCCGGUCCCAAUGGACAUCUGCUAGGGAAGGCCAUAAGGAGCGUCCAAUGGUCAUGCUGUUCCCCUUUAGAAAUUUGGGCACACCAACCCAGGUCAUAUCUAAAUCUGACAGCAGGGAAGAGCAUGGAAUUCAUACAGUGGACCCAUCAGAUGCUGUGGGCACAAGAACAGCCAUCAUGGGGAAGUCUAAGAGUCCAUCUCAGAUCCUGGGGGAAAGUGCUCUAAAGAACCCUGCUGACUUAUCUGCCUCAGAGCAAAAAGAGAAUUGCUUGGAUUGCUAUAUUGACCCACUGAGACUAUCAUUAUCACCUCCUAGGGCCAAGAAUCCAGUGUGUUCCCCAUCUCUGUGCAACUCUGUCAUUACCAUAGGAGACUUGGUUUUGGACUCUGAUGAGGAAGAAAAUAGCCAGAGAGAAGGAAAGGAGUUUCUGGAAAACUAUCAGAAGACAAAGUUUGACACUCUGAUUCCUACCUUCUGUGAAUAUCUCCCCACUUCUGGCCCCAAUAUGGUGCCCACUGCUUCCUGUGACCACCUAGGCAGCUCUACACCCUUGUGAUAGCACUGGAAUGCCCUCUUCCUCCUCGGUCUUUAGGCAGUUUGGUGGGAAUGAAGUGGAAACCAGGCUUGGAUUGUCUGACUACAUUACUAAAAACUUUGUGAUGCUUGAUAAUUAAACUUUAGAUUUGUUACAACACUCUUGAUGUGAGGAAGGACUUCUGUAGGUCAGUGGAUGUCAUUUCUUAGACAUAGAACCAGGUUUCUAGAGUUGGAAGAAUCCCUACCAUUUUACUUCCCUUAGAAAGUGUUAUUCAGAUGUGCCCAGAAGUUGAGAGCCUGGAAGAGAAAUGUCUUUUUAUUGUUCUGAAAAUAUAUGCCUAAUGCUGGAAUAUAUUUUAUAAACUCUCAUGCUGCCAAUUCACCUGGGGGUGGUGGCGCUAGAAUGAAAACACUUCGUGGGAAUAAUACUUACUGUCUUUAAUACCACUGGGUCAAUGCUAAUCACUACCUUCCUACUUUGAAGCAACACCUAGAUGUCAGCCUUGUGCAGAAAGCUUUAGCAUCUCUUUUAUAGUUAGUGAGACCUCUUUUUAUUGAGUUAUCUCAAAUAUAAACUUCUGAGCUUUUUAGAUAUUUAAAGAUUUCAUUUAAUGAAGCUGAUUAAUAAGACAUAAUUCCAAAAGCCUGCCCCAUCCAGACCAAGGCCAUAUAGAACAUUUAUGAUUUAAUCAGUAUCUUUUCAUCUUCAGGAUGCUGGGUCCCCAGAUACCCAUUCAAUUAUCUUACUUCAUUUUCAGACUGUAUUCUUCCUCACUUCCUCCCCAGUAAGUGCUCUGGGCAUCUUGUGUGUACAAACAGAGAAGUAUAGCGUUAUUACAGGAGCUCUCAGGAGGAAGACAAUGGGAACUGUUAAAUGCACUGCCACAGUAGUUAGAAUGGGUGAGAAACCCAUUUGGGAGACCCUUUUGCGAAGUAUUGGUGCCUUGAGCGGGCAGAAAUACUCAGGUCUAGUGUGCAUCACUGAAGAUUGGAUUCACCUGCUGGGUGACUCGGAUGAAAGUAGUUCUCCGGCUCAACUCCUUUAGCUUAGCUGCUCCCACAUAGGUGCAUGUAGAUCGGAUCCCUCCUAGGAUGUCACGAAUGGUAUGCUCCACAUCCCCUUUAAAGGGGACUUCUACUGUCUUUCCCUCUGAGGCCCUUGAAAUAGGAAAAAAAGUUAUUACCUUCUUAUUCUAGAUUCCUUAAGCUCAAUGACUCUUCUGUCUCUAUAACACCAUGUCACCAUUUUUCCUCCUAAGAAUUAUAUCAUCCAUUUUCCAGCAGCCAUGAGCUCUGCCACCAUACUAUGCAGUCACAUUCUCCAAGAACCCUCAGCUUCUGGUCCUCCACACAUACCUGUACUCUGCCACGCCACCAGCGUACUUCUUCAUGGCCAUUUCAGAACUCAUUCCAUAGAAGAGUUUGUACUUCUUGCCAUCUCUCUCAAUGAGGUCACCACCUGACUCACUGUGCCCAGCCAGCAUGCCACCGAGCAUCACAAAGUCAGCCCCUGCCCCUGCCAAAAUCAAAGAGGUAGGAAAGAGAUUCCUCUGGCCAGGAUGCCCACAUGGCCCCCCUUCAAAAGCAACUCAUGCCAAAUUCUCAGUCCUGACAAUGUCUCCAGCAUCUUCCCAGCACUGUUUUUCUCUCUGACCCAUAUCCACAAAGGCCUGCUUUGACCUAGUUUAUUCCUCUGGGCCUGAUUUCCUCAAGAUUUUUUAAAUAGCCUCUGGAGAUUCCCUGCCCAACUUCUGCUUUCACUGUCUUCUCAUCAUUUUGUUUUGUUGCUUCCAUCUGAGUAAAACAUCAUGUCUCCCAAGAAUAGUAGUCUCAUUUUAAUGUGAAGAAGAAAAGCAGAAAAUGCAGGCUUAUAGUCCCAUUCUUCAGAGUCAGUGGCUCAGGAAUUUACAGAUGGCCCUGGCUCACACUUGGAGCAUCUAAAUUAGUCUCAGGAUUUCUCCUGCUGGCUUACCCCAGGCGACACCACAGGCUUCAGGGUCACUACUUCAUAUUAUGAGAGAAUCUGAAUGGCUUCCUGAGUCUCUCCUACCCUGACCCUAGAUCCUGAGAGGUAAUAUAUCCUCUUCUACAGGAUCCUUCUUCUGUGCCCUCCCUAACUCCUUACCAAAAGCUUUGGCCACAUCCCCAGGGCAGCUGCAACCUCCAUCCUGCAAAAUAAAGAGCACAGUGAACAGACAGCAUGGAUUUUCUAAGCGCUCUCAGCGAUGUCCCAACAGUCCACUUCAAAACUGACAUGCACUCAAGAGUCCUGACCCAUAUCUACUAGAGCCUCCAUACUGCAGAAAACCUAUUGGCAGCCUCAUACCCUGAGACUUUGGGCCUUACUGAAAUGAUGUGGCCUUUUAGGCCAUGAGCAGCAUCUGCACACUCCAUCACUGCACUGAGCUGUGGAUACCCCACUCCAGUUUUCUUCCGGGUUGUACACACAGAACCUAGGAAGAACAUGCCAAAGGUGAGAGUGAAUUCACUCUGUGAAUUUGCCACUGAAGGUGAGAGUGAAUUCACUCUGUGAAUUGGCCUCAAUGAAAUAGCUUACCUGGCCCAAUUCCCACUUUGAUGAUGUCAGCCCCAGAGAGGAUCAACUCUUCCACCAUCUCUCCUGUUACCACAUUCCCUGCCUGGGACAGAGCAGUCAAAAUAAGAACAUCCUUAUGGUCAGAAAUGGACACAAGCUUAUUUGCUCCUAGAUGGCAUGCCUGGACUAUGACUUCAUAUUAUGAGAGACUAAUACAAAGAAAGGAUACCUAGGUUCCCUAUGUUGGGACCUCUGAGGGCUUCUACGCUAGCUACUUCAAAGGACCCUGCUCUCUAUACUAAGCUAGCUAGAUAGGGAGCAAUGGUGGAAACUGGUGUCACUGUUGAAAUGAGGGUAAAGCCAGGGUUCAGGAUGCACUUUACUAUCUCAGGCAGCAAGGUGGUAUGACCCACAGGGGAGAAGUGAGAUGGCAUGAAGAAGUGUUCAGUGCAGCAAAAGAAAUUACUAGAUCAAACUCAGAUCUGACUUAAGAGUAGAUUUAUCUCCAACAUACCCUGUUCUGUCAUAGAACCUCUCUGGCUUCAGGGAAAGGGGAAGACAUGGUAAUGUAGGCUAAAUACUCCUCCCAACUGUAUUUGCUUUUGAUGGUCAGCAGAGACCUUCAAUGCUAUGAAAGAAAUGGGUUCUUGUCAUCCCCUCCACAAGCUUGUAAAAAAAUUAAACAUUAUUUCCUGUGAUACCUUUUAUGUGAUUGUCCAUUUCAAUGGGCAGAUGUAUAUGUACCAGAGUAAUGUACAAUGCAUACAUGUUCCAUCAUGGUUUUGUGAGUGAUAUCAAGGACACUGGAUUUACAAAAACUAAAUCAAGGAUUGGAGAUAUUGCACUGCUAAUAAACAUUUUAGACUUGGAA